UAGCCUCACCCCCGCUGAAAGGAGGAGCCGUGUUUGCCGCCGUCCGUCGCAUUCAGGGGCGUGUCUCCUCGUGUCUUCGUGCGUCGCAGGCGUUCAAGUCUUCAUCUGUUCGCAAUCAUCAGUCGCUGGCUCGCAGGUUCUUCCUCGAGCUCGGCGUCCGUUGUCUUCGUCUGUCGCCGCCCGUCCUCCUCUGCGAUCGAAGAAACCUUGCCCACUCAAAGCUCUCUUCAGUUUUGGUAGCACACUCAAAAUUCCAGAUACAAAACUGCCCAAAGUUUUCGCCACAACCCACAAUUAUGAUUAGGUUGUUCUCUUCACAGCCUGGAGAUUCAGCUUUGAAACAAAAUUUGCCUAUCUCGCGUGACGGUAAUUAUGAUGAAGGGACAUCCCCAUCUGUUGUUUGCCCUGGCUGUGGUGUUUAUAUGCAGGAUUCCAACCCUAAGCACCCUGGGUAUUUUAUUAAACCCUCUGAAAAGGACCUGAACUAUAAAUUGUUUAACAAUCUUGAACCUGUUGCAGAAGAGCCUGAGUUCUCCAAUUCUGUUAAAAGAGGGAUUGUUAUUGAACCUGAAAAGCUUAAUGAUGAUGAUGCAAACUUGAUCAAGAAACCAGAGAAGCCAGUGGUAUGUGCACGCUGCCAUUCGUUGAGGCACUAUGGGAAAGUAAAGGACCCAACAGUAGAGAACUUGUUACCGGAUUUCGACUUUGAUUAUACGGUGGGAAGGAAGUUAGCAUCAACAUCAGGGACCCGAUCAGUGGUGCUGAUGGUUGUGGAUGCAGUGGAUUUUGAUGGAUCAUUUCCACGGAAGGUUGCAAAAUUGUUGUCUAAGACAAUUGAGGAUCAUUCCGCUGCAUGGAAGCAAGGCAAGUCAGGGAAUGUGCCAAGAGUGGUACUUGUGGUGACAAAGAUUGACUUGUUGCCUAGCUCAUUGUCACCAACAACAUUGGAGUAUUGGAUUAGGCAAAGAGCGAGAGAGGGUGGAAUUAACAAGAUUACUAGUUUGCACAUGGUGAGUUCACUGCGGGAUUGGGGACUGAAGAACCUAGUCGACGAUAUAGUUGCACUAGCUGGGCCUAGAGGGAAUGUCUGGGCUGUUGGGGCACAGAAUGCAGGAAAGAGUACAUUAAUAAACUCAAUAGGGAAGUAUGUUGGGGGGAACAUUACACAUCUGACAGAAGCACCUGUGCCAGGGACGACACUCGGCAUUCUCAGAGUGGAGGGUGUCCUUCCAAGGCAGGCAAAAUUAUUCGAUACACCUGGCCUUCUUCAUCCUCACCAGAUCACAACACGGUUGACGAGGGAAGAGCAAAAGCUUGUUAACAUGGGCAAGGAGUUGAAACCUAGGACAUAUAGAGUUAAGGUUGGUCAUUCUAUUCACAUAGCUGGUCUAAUGAGGUUGGAUAUUGAAGAAACAUCCCUAGAUACUAUUUAUGUCACAGUGUGGGCAUCUCCUUAUCUUCCACUGCAUAUGGGUAAAAUAGAAAAUGCACCCAAAAUAUUCCAAGACCAUUUUGGCUGCCAGCUACAGCCUCCAAUUGGAGAGAAACGAGUUCAAGAGCUUGGGAAUUGGGUGAGAAGGGAGUUCCAUGUUAGUGGGAACAGUUGGGGGUCAAGUUCUGUAGACAUUGCUGCUUCUGGGCUUGGUUGGUUUGCCAUUGGACUCAAAGGAGAUGCAGUUUUAAGUGCUUGGACAUAUGAAGGUGUUGAUGUUAUUCUUCGUAAUUCUUUAUUACCUUACAGAUCACACACCUUUGAAGUUGCUGGAUUCACAGUUUCCAAGAUUGUGUCUCAGUCUGACAGAGUUCUAAAUAAGUCACAUCAAAGAAGUGAUAAAAAAGCCAAAGGGGUUGACUCAAAAGCACCAUUAUCGAGUGAUCUUGACUCAUCAAUGUUGACAUCUAACUGAAGCAUGUAACACUGGUUAUCACAGUAAUGUGACAAUGAAAAAAGUGAUUUUGACUUUUUUUGGAUACAUCUAAAAAUUAAUGUAUUUGUAUUUAAUUUUUAUCCAGUAUUAAUCCAUGAUUGUACCCAAAAAAAAAAAAAAAUAGUUAAAAUGACAAUUAUUGUAAACUGGAAAUAAAAAUAGAAAUAGAAAUU